UAUGUUUUCUUAAGUGCAAAGGAUCUGCAAAAACCGUUAUGGGAGGAUUAACCAUGUUUUGCAACCAUGGAACAUAGGAUUUUAUAAAUUAUAUAAAAUGGAUUACAAAAUUGUUCAACUGAUUGACUUCCAGUUUGGAACCAAACAAUAUAUAUAUCAACAGCUUUAACAACGAUAAUUCCAAAAUCUUUGCGAUGGCUAACUUGAAAAAUUUCAUCAGUGACAACCAAGGUAUCAAUUGGUUAAAAUCCCACUUGUCUUUGAAAAUAACGAGAAAAUGCCUCAUUGGUUUGGUUGAUGGUGAAAUGCAAUUACUAAAAGACUCGUAUAAUAAAGCACAAUGCACACACGGCCUGGCACCAAGCGCUACAUGCAAUCAGUGUUGCACUGAAAACCUGUUGGAUUGUUUGCCGAGAUAUAAAUGCUCAGUUAACCGGCCUUGUAAACUUCAUCAAAACGCCCAACAAGAAGCUUGUCCGAAGAAUAUCUGUGACGAUAUUCGGAAAAACAUCGAAAAAGAGCAUCGUUUUAAUGGACCAUCUUGGAAGAAUUCGGACGCCAAACAAUGGUCGACUAACCACUGGCAAUUCGCCAAGUGUUACAUGCCACCGGAUGGUUAUGCACAGGUUUCAUCAGCCGCAGAAACCGAUUUCAACGGAAUUAUAAGUGUUCUCAUCAACUGCUUAAGAUUUGAAGGAAAAUUUACGUUUUCGUUGACUACAACUCCAAAUGUUCUUACUCAGGCAAGGGACAUCGGGAAAAACAUGCGACACAAGAAAGAUAUGAGUGUUAGCAAUGACGAACUAAAGGAAACCUUUCAAACUCUUAUUGCAUUACUAAAUGAACCUGUCUUUGGGCAAGAAGGACAAAACGCCGUGGCUCAGUUGCAAAUGCUUCAAAACGAUGGAAUUUUAAUUGAUGUGGAAGCGAUCAUUGAAACUAUCAAUGAGUCAAAAGCAUUAGCCGUCGAAGAAGUGAAAAGUGAAGCAAAUGCAGCAUUUAUCCAAAAGCACAAGGAUCUUGUCGAGUUUAUUGAACGAGAAAAAAAAGAGCUGCAAAGAACAAUUGACGAAAAGGCCUCCUGUAGCGAUCCUCAUGGUCAGACACACAGCUAUGAAGAGAGAAAAUCAGUUCUUAAGGAUGAUCUGAUAUACUUCUACAAAGAAAAAUACUCUUCCCUACCGCUCGGCCCACAGGUCGAACAAUAUGACCCUAAAAUGGUGGACUGCUAUAUUGCCCCGAAAUUAACAAGUGUUGAGAUCAAGGAAAGAAGAAUGCAUGAAAAUUCUCCAAUGUCAGAAGAAGAAAUAAGGAAACCUUCAGAGUCAUUUACAGAAAUAUUUUCAGAAAACAAACAUAUCUAUAUAACAGGGAAAGCAGGGUUUGGGAAAACAGCAUUUUGUAAGUUUUUAACAUUUAUUUGGUGCUUAACACAGAUGGGGGAUAAUGAAAUGAUUUCAAAAUUCAAAUUAAGCGGACAGCGCUUAUAUGCUGAUAUGACAGCUGUUUUAGGAAAAUAUGAGUUUGUCUUUCUAAUUCCGCUGCGUCUUACAUCAGAAAAGCUUUGCGAAAUCAAUGACAUGGUAUGCAAAGUGCUAUUCCCACGACUUCGACAGUUCAAGUCAUUUGAGUUCAACAUCCAACUACUUGAAAAUAUUUUGAUAAAGGAAAAGUGUUUAAUUAUUUUAGACGGACUGGACGAAUGGAAACACCCAUCUUUUGAGAGGUUGCAGUGUUUUAGUGAAAAUUUAACUGUACCACACAAUCAAGACCAGACGUUGUGUUCGUUGCUUAUAACAGCACGACCUUGGAAACUAAGCGAAGCUGAAAUAAAGGUGUCAAAAAUAAAUUACUUCAUAGAAAUUGAAAAUUUAGAUGAUAAACAAAUAAAUCAGUUGAUAGUUUAUAUGAAUGGUUGCUUGUCCGAGAUGAGUCGAACAAAAAAGAACGUAGACGAAUUCUUUAACCGCAUAAACACACGCAAAUUGAAAGACCUACUAUCGAUACCUCUUGUUAUCAUUCAAAUGAUGUGUCUUUGGUAUGAUGAUAAAGAUAUAGGACAAAGUCGAUGCGAAGUUUACAGUAAUAUGGUUGAUUUUUUCCUCUUGAAAGCAAAGCAAAAACAUAAAGAGUUGGCAAAUAGAGUAGCUUGUGUGACAGAAUCCGUAUGUCUUCCAAAAUGUUUUGCGGUACAGAUUUGCCAUACAUUUAAAGGUCUGGUUCUAAAAUUAGGAAAACUUGCCUUCAUGGCAUUUUUUUCUGAUGAAGCUUCUGAACAACAUGCAUUUCCCGAAGACUUUGUACGCAAUAUUAUUGAAGACGACUCAGAACGUGAGUUUGCGUACGAAACAGGGCUGUUAUCUAAGAUGUGGAUUCAGUCAGGAUUUUCAUAUAAGACAUGCAAAGUGUCUUUCCUGCAUUCUACUUAUCAAGAAAUGCUUUGCGCUGUUUAUAUGGCACAUAUAGACUGUGAUAGCAAAGAAUACAUUCGUAUGAAAGAGCAAUAUAGCAAAAACAUCAACAAUGCACCCAUUGACUUCAUAGUAUUUUUGAGUGGAAUGUCAUUGCCUUUAGCGCGAGACGCAUCAGAAAACAUGUCGAAAUUUUCUCCACACGUAUUGACAUCAUCAAAUGAAUCGAAGAAAGUUUGGCUUAAAGACAUGCGGAUUUUGGGAGAAAUCAUUUUCAGAUCGUAUGAGGAAUCAAAAGCAAAUGGAAUACAAGACGGUCACAUUCUUUCGUUGAGACAUGUAGUCAUAGAGUGUGGAUUGAAAAUAAGUCACCCACUUAUUCAGUUCAACAGACAUAAACUUGUAUCACUAGGGUAUUUGUACGAGACCGGCGACCCCGAAGAACAAAGUGAAUUCGAUGACCUCUCCUCAAUCAUAAAAGAUUCUAGCUCGUCAUUAAACACCAUCGGUAUACACCUUCUCAGUGGGCAAAGUCGUGCUCUAGAUCCAGUGUCUUUAUCAUUGUGUAGCAAACUGCAUACACUUGUGUUAAAAAAUGUUGAGUUGCCAGGAGAAACGCUUGAUUUAACAGUAUGUGAACAAUUGUACGAUUUGAAUGUUAAAUAUGUUCACAGCAAUAAAUUGAAAGUGAUUAUUAACCCAUGCAAAAUGUACUGCUGUACAUUGCUUAACGUUGGCACUGCUUGUGAACCUUUUGCUUUGGAAUUUAUUGGAGGAAAACAGUUCACAAGUCAGCUGAAGGAAUUGAGACUUAGAAACGUUAGAGUUGUAACAGAAAUAGACUUAAACGACACACUUGUCGAGCGACUUCAGUUAGUUAAUGUUUCAAUGAAUAGAGUGAGUAUUGAUUCAAGUUGUGUGGAAGAAUGUGGUAUUGGAGGUUACAUAGGACAGUCGUGGAACGGUAUAAAGUACAUUUUGGAUGAGGUCGGUAAAUCAACACAAUUGCAAGCUUUGUUAAUAGAAGACGAAAUUUCACCAGAGAACAUUUUGUUAUUGCAAAACAUAAUCAAUUCAAUCAGCGGACUAAAAGAAUUGUCAUUGAAUAACAUAAGAUACCCCGAACAUUUCAAGGUAUCUAACAUUCCAAUGAACAUUUCCAAGAUUAACUUGGAAAAUGUAUCAUUUUUUAAUAUAAACGAAUUCACAACCCUUAUAGAUCUUAUAAAUCUAAAACAGGGGCAGAUAUCAUGUAUUAUGAAAUCAUGUCGGGUUCAGGAAUACGGCCUUCUCGAUAAAGCAAUUUUGAAACGCGAAAUUUCAAUCGUCGAUAACAGGACAUACACUUUUACAAACGACGCCACAACAUUUAUUGUGUCAUCAACAACGUGAAAUCAAAAGGUUAUCUAAGGUUCUGGUAUUAUGUCGUGACUGUAUUUUAAAGCCAUUGUAAGACUCAAUGAUGGACAGGAUUCAUCAAACGGGCAGAUUCUCACAAAUAAGAAGAUAUUUUUUUCCGUUUUUUCGACCAAAUUCAGCAAUUGGUGAUAUUGAUUUUAAUCUGCAUUUGUUGAUGUAGAUCUUUUAAAAAAUAUAACAGUAGCAUGGAAUAGUUUGAAAGGUGUGUUUUUAAAAAUGUUUCAUUUUUAAAUAAACAAGGAAUCCAUUCCGCAAGAUUUGAACUAUACGAGCUCAGUUGGGGAGUUGAGUAGAAAAUUGCACAUGUACAUAUCAUCCGUAUUAUUAUUAUUAUUAUUAUUAUUAUUAUUAUUAUUAUUAUUAAGGUAUCCGGUAUGCAGAUAAGUCGAUUUCGGAUGCCUGAUAAAAAGGAUUGUAUUGUAGUGUAAAAAUAUGUAAAAUCAUUUCAAAAAUAAAGAUACACCUAAAACCUUUCGGCAUUUAAAGAUUGCAGAAUGGGAAGUUUCACGACCGAUUAAGUUCAAUUAGUGAAAUAAAUUACAAACUUCAGCAAGCAAAACGAUUUUAUGUUAUAUCAAAAUUACAUGAGGUCACUAGGCAUAAAAUUUGAUAUUAUCGCCAAUGCUGUGAUACAACGAAAAGCUUUUUUUUAUAUCGGAUAUCUUAAUAUCGGAACUGUAGAUAAAUUUUUAAGUAUAAUCAUUUGAUAUACUGAGGACAAAGACAUUGUGAUAUCAUCUGCUCUGUUAAUUAUAUAAACAUCUAAGAGGAGGAAACUAUUGAUAAUUUAUUACAUUUUUGAACAAAAAGGAAAAUAACAUAUUGACAAUUACCUUUAAAUCAUUUGUCACAUAAUCUGUAUUUGUAGGUCCUACUUGCGGGCAGGGCCCCACAAAGGAGCAGAUUUGCAUUAAUUUAGGUCAUUUUUUUCGAAGACCAAAGGUCGUGAUAUUGUAAUAGGCAUCGGUCUCCUAAUUGUAACUUUAGCCGGUACACAAAAAACAACGUGAAAGGUACCAUGCGCAUGCAUACCAAAUUCCAUGCCGCUGGGUUCAAUUAAUAUUGAGUUUAACCGCUUGUUUGACUAAUUGUAAAUGUACAAUUUGAGACUAAAUGUCCAUGAAAUGUUGCUUUCACAAGUUCCAUAGGGUUUCAAGAAUCAGCAAUAGGAGAUAAAAAAGAAUCGUCAGUUAUGUUUGUGGCAAUUUUAGUUUAAAAUAUGAUUAAAGGAGAAUGUGUUUUGUUACAAUAUUUCUGGUAAAUAUGAAAAUAUUAUUGUUACAAUUAUAUACCUGAAAUAACUAUUUUUGUUAGAAUUGGUUGGGCAACAUUAUAUUGCUAUUUAUUACAAGGAUUUCUUAUUUUGUCCUGCAUUAUAUCACAAAAUCAGCAUUGACUGUCGUACACUUGCGUUACAGUUUGCUUAUCUCAACCUUCAUGUGGAGGAGGAGUAAUUCUGAUACGUAUACGAUUUAAGUUGUUAAGUGUGUUUGAUCAAACAAAUAAGUUAAUGAUAGCUAUUCAAUUACAUUGGCUAGAGCGUGUUCUAUCUAUUUGUAUAUGGAGAAAUGUAUACAUGCUCCCCUGUAAGAUAUACGUAUGUACAUUUUUCCAUUUGCUAUUGAAUGAUAGAAAAUCUGUUCAUUUCAAGGGAGUUGAACUCGUUAAUAAUUUGUCUACAUAUCGCAAAUAAUUGUAAUGAAUAAAGUUUAUGACCAUUGUUUUAUUGUUCUAUUCGUCUUGGCUCUAAUUAUCGCAAUGAUAAACAUGUAACACAGGGGCUGAGUGUUUAUAGCGACGAUGGUAUGUACCAUGUGUGUUUUAAUUUGCUACGUAGAUGUGAUUAUGAGUGGUAACCAGAACUACCAUCGACUCGUUAAUAA